AUGGCGAUUCCACUAGCUUCGCAACGUUUCGGAAGCAUGCCAGAGUUUAAUCCGAGCAGCGACGACAUCAAGUCGUAUUUCGAGAGGUUUGAGAACUUUGUGGUACUUAAUGAGGUUCCGGAGACGAAGAAGCUGAGACUGUUCUUGAACAUAGUAGGAAGCGCAGUGUACGGGGAGCUCCAGAAAAUUUUAGUCCCUGACAGACCUACUGACAAAUCCUUCGCAGAAAUACAGGAGGUUAUAGAACAACACUACAGUCCUCAGUAUUCUGUAAUCGCCGAGCGUUGCAAGUUCAACAAACACAUGCAGAAGGAAGGAGAAUGCGUCAAAGUCUUCAUGACAGAAUUGAAACAUCUGGCGCGUUAUUGCGAGUUCACAGCGUUUCUAAACGAUGCGUUAAGGGAUCGACUCAUGGCAGGACUGCGCGACCAAGAGACUCAAAGAAUAUUGUUCGCAACUGAAAACCUAACCUUUGAAAAAGCGUGCAAGAUUGCACUUGAAAAAGAACUUGCUGCCAAGCAAACCAGGGAGCUACAUUCUAAAGCAGAAUGCUUGACCGAUAUUAAUGCGGAUGGCCACAGCAUUACCCUGACGAACUGUGACCAUUUUUCAUACUUAGAGAUCACCUGUCUGCAGAGCAGGGUUGCUUGA